AUGGCACCAAAACCUGAUCUUUCUCUUUUCACAGUCACUCUCCUCCUCCUUUUCCUUACCCUCUUUUCUUUCCUCUCUAAUGCAACGGCAAAGGAAGUCCAUAGCAGCAACAACUCAUCUCCGUUUGACUUCCUUGACCAUCUUAAGUGUUGUCACAAAGGUGAUAAGGUCAAGGGCAUCCAUGACCUCAAGAAGUACCUUCACAAGUUCGGUUGCUUGGACUACAUGAACCACAUCCACUCUAAUGACGACCAUUUCGACCAGUUCCUGGAGGAAGCAGUCAGGACUUACCAGCUCAAUUUCAACCUCAAUCCCACGGGAACUUUGGACGAGAAAACUAUAUCAAUGAUGAUGAAGCCUCAUUGUGGUGUGCCCGAUAUCAUCAAUGGCACCACAUCCAUGCGAUCGGCCAAGAUAAAGCACCAACACCGUGCAAUUCAUACCACAGUUCACUACACAUUGCCUGAUGGAGAUUAUAAAUGGCCACCCUCUAAAUACCAACUCACUUUCGGUUUCCUCCCCGGCACCCCAUCCGCAGCCACGGGUUCUAUCGUGCAGGCUUUCGCAAUAUGGCAAAAGAGCACCCACUUCAAGUUCAGCCAGUCCAACAAUCCCCAGAAUGCUGAUUUGAAGAUCAGCUUUCACAAGCGUGAUCAUGGAGACGGGGAUCCAUUUGAUGGGCCUGGUGGACAGCUCGCCCAUGCAGCUUACCCUACGGGAGGAACACUGCACUACGACGCAGAGGAGACUUGGUCUGCAGGUGCUAAACCAGGUGCAAUGGACUAUGGGAGUGUUGGUUUGCAUGAGAUAGGGCACCUUCUGGGACUUGGACAUAGUUCAGUAGAGGGAGCUGUCAUGUUUCCAACUGUCACCGAGGGAGUGGCUUAUAAAGGUUUGCAUCAGGAUGAUAUUCAAGGAAUAAAAGCUUUGUACAAGGUUUGA